AUGGAAUCCGACUCGUCGCCUACAGCAUCAUCCAGCAGUCCGUCGUCUGCCGGAGCAGGCAUCACUGGUGGUUAUGAGGGCAAUUCGCUAGCACUUAAGGUCUGCAUUGCUUUCUUCCUAAGUUUGGCCAUUUACAACGUUCUGGAAUUGCUGGUCUUGAUAUUUGGCACUUUCCAAAAGUUUCGCGGUUUAUAUUUCUGGUCUCUGGUCGUCUCUGGCGUUGGUAUCAUUCCUUACGCACUUGGCUUCUUGUUCAAAUACUUCAACAUCUUGACUGGCAGCGCAAGAUGGGCUUCGGUUUUCCUCCUGAGCAUCGGAUGGUACCCCAUGGUCACCGGCCAAGCCAUAGUUCUCUGGUCAAGGCUGCAUCUCGUCGUCCACGGAGGGCGAGGCGACAAGAUCCUCCUCUGGACCAAGUGGAUGAUCAUCGUCAAUGCUAUUUGUUUGCACAUUCCAACCACGGUCUUGACCUUUGGCUCCAACGCAAACAUACAAACCUUUAUCGAUGGAUAUAACGUCAUGGAAAAGCUUCAAAUGUGCGGCUUCUUCGUCCAAGAGGUCGUUCUUUCGUCCAUCUACAUCAUCGAAACCGUCAAGAUCCUCCGGUCUUCCGUGCAGCGCAAUACAAGAAGACUCAUGUAUCAACUGAUUGCUAUCAACGUACUGAUCAUCAUUAUGGAUCUUGGUCUCCUGGGCCUGGAAGCUGCAUCUCUGUACAUUCUCGAAACAAUCUUCAAAGGCUUCCUAUACUCACUCAAGCUCAAGCUCGAAUUUGCCAUCCUCUCAAAACUGGUCCAGUUUGUGGGGAGGGGCGACGCCGGAACCCGACAAAGAAGCGAGACCAUCAAUUACUUUCGUGAAGAUGAAUUUGGGCCACCAGAUGCCGAAAAGUCUAGCGGCUCAAGCACAGCCCGCCAGAAUAACCUCGAUGUUCCGGAUUUCGUUGACCUGUCUCGCGUCAAGACAGACAUGACGCAUGCGUCUCCAGCUGCCGGUAGGACGAGUUCUGUUGCUCGUCAUGGCGUCACAGAAUUCGAUCUCGAUCUGGCUCGUCUUGAGCACGUCGAAACCGUCUCCUCGAUGCACAGCAGGAAGCCCAAUGGCGAUAUUGAGCAGAACACUUGA